AUGUCUUCCAUAUAUUCUACAUAUAACAUUCGUUAUUUACGAAUUUCAGAAAAACAAGUAUUACCUUUAAUUAUUUAUCUCCGUCAAGAAAAUCUUUCAUGGUUUAACGAUAUAAUAUUCCAGGAAAUACUAUCAGCUUUGCAACGAAUAAUUCCUAAGAAAUUUUUGGGAAAAAAGAAAAAUGCUAGUGAUAAAUCUCUUUCAGAUAUUUAUCGUGGUUCAAAUUUUCAAUUCGCUUAUUAUUUUAGACCUACUGACGUAAAACAUUCAAUAUUAAUAAAGGACAACCCUAUUAUAUUUUCUCCUUCAAAUCCAAAUGUGUCUUCAUCACAAUCACAAACAGAACAUGCCGAAAUUAAAAACUCUUCAAGAGGAAACCAUACCUCUCUGACAAAUGUUGAAGAUGGAGUAAAACAGAGUAAUAUUACAUAUCAAGGAUUUAAUAUUUUUAGAAAAACUUUAGUGAUAAUCGUUGAACCACUUGACAAAAUCAUUGAAUUUGGUGAUAAUAUUCAAAUUGCUACAGCUAUGACAAUUGAUAAUUAUUUUGGUAAAGGUGAUGCAGAAAAUGAAUAA